UCGGAUUCGCCUGUCGAUGCAAUGAUUGCUGAGGCUUCCGAGAAAAAACCGUUUGACGGUGCUGACCUUUCGACGGAAAAACAGAUUGAGCCGGUCACUGACAAUGUUGAUCUGCCUGACGAAAAGGCGAAAAGGAAAAAGGAAAUUGAGGAGAAGUUGCACGGCUUGAAUGAGAAUAAACAUAACCUGGUGUUGGUAUUGAAGCAGAUAUUGAAUGCGGAGGAGGAGUUUAAGAGACGAAAUAGUAUGCAAAUGGCUGGGAUGCGUGGUCCUUCGGGUCCAGUUCAAGGGGAUGGAACCAACGAUACUGGAUCCAUGAUUAGGCACAUGCCCCCUAGAUUGGGAUCGGAGGGAAAUCUUGCUGGUGAUGUGGAUGGUGGUGACGGGGAUGAUUUAGCUAACCAUACCAUGCAUUCUCGCCACAUACUUCGGCCAAGUAGCAUGUCACCUUCGUCAGAAUCUCCUCUUCGGAGGACCCCUAGUGUUCAACAAAAUGCGAUUUCGAAUCCUUCUCGAGCAAAUUUUGGAGCUGCUGGAAGUCCAUCACGCUUUGCUCUCUCAGGUCAUCAGGGAAAUCCAGCGAAUCUACCACAAGUGUCAGUGUCAGGAACUAGUUACAUUGCAUCAUCCCCUUCCCCAGCGGCAUCUGGUGGCACUUCUGUUUUCAGAGAUGCUCGACAGCCAAGUCCUUGGAAGUAGAAGGUUUUGGUUUUUAUCAUUGGUCAUAUGUUAUCAAUCGAAAUUUCUAUACUCUGAUUUUAUGUAUAUAAUUUUCUUAAUGAGUAAUGAUAAGAAGACCUCUGUUUCUGUGCGGAGAA